AACAGUCGAAAAUGUUGAAUGACGAAAACUUGCAAGAGAUACCUGAUAAUGAAUAUUGACAUUACUCAUUACUAUAAUAUUAUAAUAAUAUUGUUCUACGAUUUGUGAAAUUAGUACAAUACCUUUUAUAAGUAUUCACUUUUCAGUAUUUUAGUACUUUUGAAAUUUGGCACUAGGCAUUUAGCGUUUCCUACAAUUUGAAUCUUUUGUAUGAUUUCGGUUUGUAAAGUUGUAGACUAUAGUUCAAUAAAUUACAAUUUUACAUUUAUUACAUUAUAUUAAACUAAUAAGUUGUUGUAAAAUAUUUUUGUAAUUUUUAACUUAAAACCUUUUAACAUUAUUAUAACUCAAGAUGAGUGGUGGAUCUUUGGAUGUGUCAAAAGCAGGAAAUGCUUUGUGGCUUGUUAAAGUACCUAAAUAUGUUGCGGAUAAAUGGGACAAUGCCCCUGGUAGCUUAGAUGUAGGUAAAAUCAAGGUGACAAAUACUAUACCAGGAAAAAGGCCAGAUAUUUCACUUCAUCUGUCCGAAGCUGUUUUGUGCUUGGAUGGUGAAAAAAACAACGAACCAAUACCUAAAUCAUUCAAAUUAGAUGUAUCACACUUUACUAGCCAAACAAUGGUUGCAUUAUCUGAACAUAGAAUGUCUUAUAAUCCUGAUGCAGUUGUUCAAGAAACAGAUAGGUUAGCUAUUCUAGGAAAAAUAAGUCAGAAACUAGAAUGUCGGCCAAUUGGAGAUCAGGUUUAUAUGGAUUUAAAAAAACAAGCCAUACGGAAAGCACAUAUUCCAACCAGACAAGUUCAAAAGUUAGACAAAGUUGUGCAAAAUUUCAAGCCGAUAUCAGAUCACAAACAUAAUAUUGAAUAUAAUGAAAAGAAGAAGUCUGAAGGCAAAAAGGCACGCGAUGAUAAAGAUGCUGUCAUGGCUAUGUUGUUUAAGGCAUUUGAGAAACAUCAAUACUACAACAUCAAAGAUUUGGUUACAUUAACUAAACAGCCUGUAGUAUAUUUAAAAGAAAUCCUAAAAGAAGUUUGUAAUUAUAAUCUGAAACAUCCUCAUAAGAAUAUGUGGGAGUUAAAACCUGAGUAUAGACAUUACAAAGAACAGGAAGAUAAUGAGACAAAUUAGUAAUAAUUGUAAUUUAUUAAACUAUAAAUAUUACAACUACA